AUGCUAUCAGUCAAGGACGUUAUUGAUUUUACUACCGCUCGUUUAGCCCAACUACCACCAGGUUAUUUACCAAAAUGGCUAUUGUUCAUUUCUGUUGUUUCUGUUUUCAACUCAAUUCAAACUUACAUUUCUGGCUUAGAAUUAACUCGUAGAGUUUAUGAAAGACAACCAACACAAACCACUGAAUUAAGUGCCAGAACAUUUGGUACAUGGACCUUCGUUUCCUGUGUCAUCAGAUUCUAUGGUGCUUUUUUCAUUAAUGAAGAACACAUCUUCCAGUUGACUUUUAUUUCUUACCUUAUUGCCAUUACUCAUUUCGGUUCAGAAUGGUUGAUUUUCGGUACUUGCAAGUUCGGUAAGGGUCUAUUAGGUCCAUUGGUCGUUGCUACUACCUCUUUAACAUGGAUGUAUAAUCAAAAGGAGUACUACACAGGUUUACCAUGGUAA